AUGGCAACACGGGAGCAAAGAAAACCCACUGGUCUGCUGCAGCUGCUACCUCUGGUGAUUUUGUUGCUUUGGCUUUCAAGUAACCAUUGUGUCGCUCAAGAAGAGCCCACAGACUCAAACUGUUGCAGUGCUUGCUUCCAAGGCCCGGCCGGAACACCAGGUGUUCCUGGAAUCCCAGGAAAUCCAGGUGGAAACGGGAUCCAAGGACUUCUUGGUCCCAAAGGUGACCCUGGGUUAGGCCUUCCUGGACCCACGGGAGAGACCGGUGUCCAGGGACGGAAGGGAGAUCGAGGCGAGCCAGGGAUGUUGGGACCUCCAGGGAAGCAGGGACUCGCAGGUCGCAACGGAGACAUCGGUGAGAGGCAGAAAGGUGACAAGGGGGAGCCAGGGAUCCAGGGACCGCUAGGUCCGCUUGGUGGAAAGGGGCAAAAGGGCCAGCCAGGAGAUGCUACCCUUGUCACACCAACACCGCCCUCUGCCGUCGCAUUCACCGCUUACAUCACGUCACCGGUUUCAGGAUAUAGUGAAGAUCAAGUCAUCAUCUUUGACAACAUCAUGACGAAUCUGGGCGGUGGGUACGACUCGCAAACGGGAUUGUUUACCUGCCUGAUACCCGGGGCCUACUUCUUCACGACCAGCGUGCAAAGAAUGCUAUCAUCUAGGAAUCCUUUCGUACAACUGAAACAUAACUCGGCCUUAAUCUUUACAGCGUAUGACAACCACCACAACCAUUAUCACCAGUCCAGUAAUUCAGCAGUUCUUGUUUUGACCAGAGGAGAUAGGGUGUGGCUUGAGGUAGGGGAUGGCAAUGGUAUUCACAGCAGUACCAACCGAGAUUCUUUCUUCUCUGGCUUUCUGAUUCAAGCAAUGUAACGGUUGCGCAACUAUAAUUAAACAUCC